AUGGCAGAUAUAGAGGAGUUGGAAGAAUUUGUGUCGCAAAUCGCAAAACCUGAACGAACUAUUAAGUGUGUUCCGGAUGGCAUUCGUUUCGAACAGUUUGCCACCGCCUGUGAUCUACCGGGUGCACCUGAUGAGACGAAAAAAGCGUUACAAUUUCCUGUGUUAAAGCUUCGAGAAAUUACAUUGAAGGACGAUGAGACAGCCACGCACAUUGCGACCAUUUUACAGCACCUGACGGGUAAAUUACCUAGCUUUGUAACGCUAGAACAGUACGCUUGGUUAGCUAGAACGACGGUUGCUGCACAACUGCUGAAAGAACUGCCGACGAAAGUCGCUAACUUAGUGAGGAAGCUAAGCAUCGGUGUAGAAGGAAUAGAGCUAGCUGAUCAUUCUCCACCUGUUGUCCACGUCGUUGCGAAGAGUUUGAUAGAGGACAUCCCUCUCACCGGUGGGAAUCUACUGCAUGUGAUCAAAACGCUUGCAAUCGCAAACUGUCCCUUAUUGUACUAUACAGGAGUGGCACUUGUAUUUGCUGGACUCGACACAAUAGUCCAACUCGAUUGCAAGGCUCCGGAAUUAUAUUGCGUACAGGGAGUGAAUGAAUUCCUUCGGCGUUUGGAAAUAUUCAAUCUACAGUAUCUGCAGCAACAGAGCAACAAUCUGCAGACCAUCUACCAGCUAUUGAAGCUACUUAGUCUGUAUCAGAACAUGGUUAUUAUGCGCCAUGUGGGAAAAUCGCUUGAAGAACUAAGCGAAGAGCAUAACGGUUACGCUGAAUCACUUCACGUAACGAACGCGCAGAUAAGAACGUUUCGUCAAUGGUUAGAUAAUGCGAGCGCGAUAGUGCAACCGUUCGGGAAGGAUCAGGAAAAGGAUUUUCUGAUUCUAGCGGAUUUGUUGCAAGUGGAUAUGAUUCCUUUAUUCGAUGAUUUGAGCCACGAUGAGGAUAUCGUCUAA